AUCCCGAUAGCAGCAUCAGCCAGCGCGUCUUGCUUCAGUUUUUGUAUCCACUCCAUCACCUUCCUGGGGCUCAGAAUCAGAGGACUCCCUUCCUUCUACCUCUUUAUACAUUACCCUCUUGCGGUACGGGGCCCAUACUCCCUGACGAUGCUAAUAUCUGAGAAUGUAGCUGUGUACCUCUCCAAGGAGUUAUGGCAACAAUAGAUCGCUAUUUAAAGAGAAUUCUACAGGGAUGUUAUGCAGGAGAAUUAGUAAAACCUGCUGUGUUUGGACUUCAUCACUCAGAUGGAGAAAGGCAAAAGAACAUGGAAUUGGGAAGGUGUCAAAAAAACAAACGAUCCCAAGGGACUCCCCAGCUGGAACAGAACUUGGGAGACCAGCUGAAGACUGGAGAAAAAUGAGGAGGGUUAUCAGCUGAAAUGUCUCAUGUAUGAGGACUCUCAAGGGAUUGGGAAGGUCUUAAGAGGAGAAGAAAGUUCCUGGACUUUUGGAAGAACCCAUGUGAGUCAGUGCACUUCAGAAAAGCAGCAGGGGAAAGUGUUAGGGAACAGGCAGAAAAAAAUCCAUCCCCAAGAUAAGGGAUCUGGGGAACCUCAUUUUAAUGACCCUAAAACUAGACCAAGUUUUGAGAAAGCCUCUCUCUUUAGUGAAUGUGGGAAAUCUUAAGGGAGCAUUCCAAUCCUAAAAAGUAUCCAAAAAUCCAUCCAGGGGAGAAUGCUACAAUUGUGUGGAAUGUGGAAAAGGGCUCACUUACAGAUACUUGUACAGUCAUCAUCUUAGAAUCCCUGCCAAGGGGGGGGUGGAUAACCCAAAACCUAUAAAAGCCCUGAGAGUGAGAACUCCUUUAAUGAGAACUCCAACAUCAAAAAAUCCAAAGAGGGAGAGAAACCCUACUUUCUAUCUUGCACUAAGUGUGGAGAUCAGUUCUAUGUGAAAUCAUCCCUCAUCACCCACCAAAGAAUCCACACAGGAGAGAUAUCCUAUAAAUGUCCCCAGUGUGAGAAAAGCUUUACUCACCAUACAACACUUAUUAAAUGUCAAAGGACCCACACUGGAGAAAAACCAUAUACAGUCAGUUCUGCUAUAGCUCUUGUUUUGAAAAUGGGAAUUUGUUCCAAUAUGAUUGCUGUAUUAGGCAACCGUUUGAGCAUAAUGCUAAUUUUAGUUUGCUUAUGUGCAAUUUCAUCCACAAGAAACAGCUAGAAUGCAGAAAACUGCACCCAGCUGAACUGAGCCGUGGAGGAACAAAACACACUCACCUUAAAUAUCUAUGAGUUACUUCAGUUCACCUUGUGUUAUCCUAUAAGAUUGUGUUUUACUGUAUUUUUUUAUUUGUGAACUUUUCUAUACACACACACACACACACACUCACACACACACACACACACACACACACACACACAUAUAUAUAUAAAACACUCAUUCCACAUCCCAAACAUGUCUAAGCGUCCUGGUUCAAAACCAUCAAGCCAUGGAUGCAAAAGAAAAACUUUCAGUAUUGAGGAGAAGCUUGAAAUAAUAAAACGUUUUGAAAGAAAUGAAAGAACAUGUGAUAUCGCCAGAGCAACAGGCAUCAAGGAAUCUACGUUGAGGGCCAUCAGAGACAACGCCGUGAGAAUAAAGGAAACAUCUAUGACCGGAACAACUACGAUUUCUGCAAAGUCAGUAAGAAUAAGGCCUAAAGAAAUAGCAGAAAUGGAAAGAUUGUUGAGCAUAUGGAUCGAAGGGAAAAAGUCGAGAACCACCUUCCUCACCAUCAAAGGGAAAGCACUUUCUAUAUAUGCAGACCUUAAGAGGAAAUCUCCAAAUCCUGCAGAAGUGGCGCCUUUUAGGGCGAGCUGUGGUUGGUUCAGUGGCUUCAAACAUCGCUACAAUUUCUGUAACCUCCAAUUCUCCAGGGAAGCCUCUAGAGCAGAGCAGAAAGCCGCCAAAGAAUUUCCAGCAGUCAUACAGAAAUUAAUUAAAGAAGAAGGCUAUACAUUGGACCAAAUUUUCAAUUUUGACGAAACGAUUAUCUAUUAUAAACGCAUGCCUCGAAGGACCUACAUCCCAAAGGCGGAAAAACACGCCCAAGGAUAUAAGGCUUCGAAAGACCGCUUAACGGUGAUGUUCGGGGCCAACGCCAGUGGAGACUUGAAGCUAAAGCCGGUGGUGGUUUAUCGCUCUGACAACCCACGAGCCUUGAAAGGCAUUGUUAAAGCCAGCCUCGGUGUUCAUUACCGCUAUAGCAAGAAAGGAUGGAUGACUGCCCAAAUCUGCAUUGAUAUUUUUGCGGAAUUCUUCCCUGUUAUAGAGUAUUAUUGUAAGAAAAAGAACUUGGCUUUUAAAAUUCUGAUAAUUAUUGAUAAUGCACCAAGCCAUCCCCCGACAAUAGCUGAACUCAAUCCGAAAGUCAAAUUCGUCUUUUUGCCUCAAGAAAUCACCUCUCUGAUACAGCCCCUUGAUCAAGGUGUGAUUGCCCUGUUUAAGGCUUACUAUCUAAAGAGAACAUUUAAAAUGUUAAUUGCAGCUACGGGAGGCGAGAAUGCAGAAACUGCUACAGAAUUUUGGAAGAGAGUUAAUAUCAAAAUGGCCAUUGAUAUCAUUGUAGAAGCCUGGAAUGAUGUCACCAAAGAAUGUUUGCAUCGUGUGUGGAAGAAAAUGCUCCCUAACCUGAUUCAUAAUUUUGAAGAAUGUGAACCUUCAGAGCAAUUUAAAAAAAUCAGAGCAAGCUGUGUUGAUCUGGCGAAACAAAUUGGAUUCGAGGAGGUGGAAGAUGAAGAUAUAGAAGAGUUUCUGGAGCCUCACUCGAAUGAUCUGACCACAGAAGACUUACAACAACUUGCUGAUGGCCAAGUGGAAGCAGAAGAUGAGGAAGAUGACGAUGACGAUGACGAUAACGAGAGCCAGAAGGCCACACCACGACAGCUUGACACAUCCCAGUUAUCAGGUGUUUUAAGUGUUAUUGAGAAACAGUUGCAAUGGCUCGAAGAUAACGACUAUAAUGCUGAACGCAGCAGAAUAGUGGUGCAUGGCAUCCGCACAAAUUUGGAACCAUACAGGCAGCUUCUGUAUGAAAGGAGGAGGCUAGCGAAGCAGCAGAAAUUGGAUAUAUACUUUAAGCUAAUACAGAAGAGAUAUCUAGAGGACCAGCCACACCCAUCCACAUCUGGUGUUACAACUUCCAGAUCGGUUUCAGAUAAAACCCCUUCUACCACCUCACAAGCUGCAACUCUUUGAAAGCUCACUUCUGCAUGAAAGCUUCACAUCAUUGUCAAGGUAAAGUACCAUAUUUAUCACAUUUCUUUUGAUGCAGAACCGUAGGCAGAGAAAGGCUGGUUCAAAUCCAUGCAUUGCACUCCCUUAGCUCUGGCCCCUAUGGCAAAUGAGGUACGGGAUCAGCAGUAAUCCAAGGUUGUGGAGCCCACCAUUAUCUAUUGUAGUCUUUAUAUAGUUCUUAACCACUUGACAUGUAUAAAAACCAUGCUAAUCUUUUAAAUAAGUUCCUACCUUUUUACAUGUGUCACUGAUGAAGUGGUUUUCUUUUAGUGUUGUACUCCUAACCCCAUUUCCCCCAUAGCCCUGUGGCUUUUAUUACACAAUUUUGCAUAGUGUGGUUUUUUUUAGGAAUACACAUAUUGCAUUAUAGCAGAACUGACUGUACAUGCCCUGGCUGAAAGAUAACCUUCAUUCAUUGGUUGGAUCUCAUCAAACACCAGAGAAGCCACAUUGGGAAGAAAUCCUAUAGGUGUCCUACUGUAAUAAAACUCCAGCCUCAACUCCAAGCUCCUAAGGCACCAGAGACUUCAAAGAGCUAAGAAAACUUAUAAAUGUUCUGAAUAUGAGGAUGGCUUUGGACAGAGAGUUGAAGCUGCUGAACAUAUCAAGACACACAGACUGAAAAAAAAAAUUGUCCAUGGGUCCGUGCCAACAGAAGUAUAUCCGACCUCAUGGUCUCCAGUGUUUCUAGUGGCGAUUGAUUCCUUUCUGGCUCUCAGAUGUGACUAAGAAGUUAGCUGUAAAAUAAACAUGAUUUUAAUGGUUUUCCUAGGGAAAAACAUCACUAAAGCAAGUCUCCAUCUCAAACAAACCACCUUACAGAGGCUCAGCAUGGUGACCAUACACAAUCUUCUUUUACAACAUUGACCCACUUUCCAGAAUCUCCCAACCUAUAGCAUUGUCAGGUUUCAUUUCCUGAAUGUUGGGAUGGGCAAAAUGAAUUUUCUUCUGUCAAUUUUAAGGAUGAUGAUUUGAAAUAACUGAAAUGUCUUAGAAGUCACAAAGACUGAAGUUCUUAAAAGACAAUACUGAAUGAAAUGGGUAAUAUUCUUGGAUCAUUGUCCUUCCAGAUCCCCUCUCCAAGGACUCGGGAAUGAGGAAUUAAUCCUUUCACUAUGCUUGUCAUUGGUCAGAACUUUAUUAGAGCACUGUGUACAGAAAUAUGUAGAGUGCCACUGUUUUUUUAAAUAAAUAAACUGGAGAAGGUUAAGAGAGAACAAAGUGAUAAGAAAGGAAAAGUAGAUUCUAUAUGGACAGGAGAAAGGAUUUGAGAAUAUUCAAUUUGCAGAAGAGAAAGGUAAAGGAAAACAUUGUCCAUUUUAAGUACAUGAAGGAUUACAAGAGAACUGGAAUGGAUCUUAGAGGUUUUACAUGCCUGGAAUGGAUUCUUUCCCUAUCUCCACUUCAUAGAGUUCCUCUUUUCCUUUAAGACUAAGCUGAAGGCUGAACCUGAAGUUAGGAAGACCCAAGUUCAAAUACAGCCUCAG